AUGCGUUUCGUGAUUGCGGUGGCCGCUUUGGUGCCUGGAGUUGCUAUUGCUGGACCUUUGACCACAAUCAAUCCUUGUCCGAAUGCAACAAGCAUAUCCGCAACCCCAAUCACCGUUACAAUGCAGCAUCAAACCGUGUCAACCUGUUCCACAACAUCGACAUGCUUCCGGGGAUCUUGCAUCGCCCGCUAUUCCAUGGAGACAUUUGCCUACGUUAACACCAUUAUCCCAGCCGCAUGGGACGGCACCUCGGCCAUUACGACCACAGUUACUUCUACUGGUCAAACCGUUACAGUUUCUCGAUUCCAUUCGACAAUCACUAAAUUUGCGACUCCCACCUCAGCCGUCGUCAAGAAUGGGACUACUUCUCGCGCUGCUCCCCAACCAGUGUAUCUCACUAUUGCAAAAGACUUUAUGGUUCCAUACAACAAGAUCGGCCCAUUGGCGAUUCCAGGCUACGGCGGAAGUGGCCUCUGCCAGGGAUGUAAUGUGCAACAGGAUGGAAGCCGUUCUCAAGUCGUCAACGUUAUUGAGUGCAGGUCAGGUCUUGACAGAGCCAAGUGCAUGGCAUACGCGGAGACAUGGAUUUCCAAGCUGGCUCUUGCCGCUUCCUCUACAACAUUGGUACCUCUUGCAACCAGAUUCGUGGCUCCUUCAGCUGACACCUAUACCUUUACAUUCACUUUGACCUCUCCUAGCCACAUAAUCACUGCCGGAGUCGAGACCAUCACUGUCGCUCCGAGUCCGUUCUUUCAUCAUGUCAUCCGUCAAUGCCACAGGCCUCGAGAAGUUGUCGAUUUCACCAUUGUCGUCACCAAAACAAUCUCCUGGACGGUGCCCUGUAGCAGACAGCCGCCGCGGACCUCAAGUGUUGUUCCAAUUCCCACUGGUCCUCAUGCAAUUCCAGGGGUCCGUCAACCGGGAAAAGGACCGGAUCCUUCUCUCAUCAAUUUGGGAGGCGAUGCUGAGCAACCCUAA